AUGGCCCUCCCAACGCUCGCCCUCCCAGGCACCCUCCUCGGCCCAGCAUCCAAAUACGCACCCGGACCAGGAACACACAUCCAUGACUCCUCCGUCUAUGCCUCAAUAGCCGGCACCGUCGCCUCCAGUCCCUCCCUCAACCCCACUACUACAAGGCUCCCCCUCCUCUCAAUAUCCCGACCAGGCGAAGCAGGAGCCUCAGACAACGGAAACAUCCUCCCCGAAGUAGACUCGCAAGUCCUCGCACGCGUAACCCGUCUCGGUGCGCGCUUCGCCUCCGCCGAAAUCCUCGUUAUUGCGCCGUCCGCCGCGACGUCCAUAUCUUCCGACGCGGCCGUCUGCAGCACACCGUUCGCCGCGCAGAUACGCCGUGAGGAUAUUAGGGCUACGGAGAAGGAUAAGGUCACUGUGCAGGAUAGCUUUCGGGUCGGGGAUCUGAUUCGCGCGGUGGUGAUUAGUCUGGGGGAUCAGGGAGGGUAUUACUUGAGCACUGCGAAGAAUGAGUUGGGGGUUGUUGUGGCGCGGGGAGAGGGAGGAGAGGUGCUGGUACCGGUUAGUUGGAGGGAGGUUAAGGAUCUGAGGACGGGGAGGGGGGAGGCGAGGAAGGUUGCGAAGCCUUUUUGA